GCUGUGAGCCGCUACCAACCGCAAAAGCUGCGUUUGCGGGUGGUAGCGGGAAAACCAAUCAUGUCCUUAAGAUUUGUUUAACAGGCGUCAGACUUUAAACGACCGUUUUUGGCAAGGUUGGCCCCAACGUAAUUUGAUUAAAAAAAACAGCUGCAAAUUAAUCACAGCCGUUGGAGCCACAUGAAACGUUUUUAGUUGUCUUUAGACUUUACAUGGACGUACACGGAAAUUACGGAAUCCAGCAAAAUAGUGUUCAUAAGCGCGAAAAUAAUAUUCUAACUAAAAAUAAAUGUUUAUUUUUUUUUUGUAACUGAAAAAUAAAUGUUUAUACGCCAAACUUCUUAUUGAUUAUCUAAAUUACACUAUGUACGAUGCUUUAAUUAAGAAUUUCAAAAUCAUAAUCUAUCAUCAUCAUCAUCAUCAUCAUCAUCAUAUACUAAAAGAAAGAUAUGCUCAAAGGAGAAGCAUGCCACGUCCUCAUAAAAAAUCAUCCACUCAGAUGUUGACAGCUCACACUCCUUGCCAUGUCAUGAAUAACUUCCCCGGGAUUUCAUAGACGUGUUUGAGUUUCAUAAAAUACUUGGGCCUUUGCUAAUUAGAGCACCUUUAACGCGGUGUCUUAAGUCACGUCUCUAGGGUAUUUAGGUUUAAAAAAAAAAAAAAAAUUGAUAAUUAUACCAGAGACGUCUCUUAAUUAGGAGGCAGAAGAGACGGGUUUUAUGUGACACGGGUCACACAUUCACGCAUCUUUCUCUCUCUCUUUGCCGGAUCAUCUUCUCUCAUUCUCUCUUGACUCCUCGUCGACACCGUCUCUCUCUGGUGAUAUCUCCUCGCCGGUGCUCUCUCCUCAACGGAAUCUCUCGUCGACGGAAUCAGCCUGCGUCUCUCUCGGUGGUAUCGUCGUCUCUAUCGGUUUGAUCUCUGUUUCUGGUUGUAGAUAAUUUUGUUUUUUAUGUGUCUUGUUCUUCAUACUGAUUUGUUUUUAAGGUAUCCAGAUUUACUUCUCUCUCUGUAUAAACUCCAUAGCUCGUCGUAUUGGGAGUAGAAGUAAUCAAUCGUGAGAACAUGGCAGGAUAUGAUUCUGUUAAAGCUAAGUUUAUUGAGGAGAGUCCUGAUACGCUGAUUAUGACAAGCCCUUCUUUCUUCUCUCAGUUCACUCUUGUUAUAGCCACUCAGCUAGUGGGAGAUUCAAUGGUUAAGCUUGAUAGAAUCUGUAGAGAAGCAAACGUCAAGCUGGUUUUUGUUCGCUCUUACGGUCUUGCUGGGAUUGUUCGUGUGUCAGUAAAGGAGCACACUAUAAUUGACUCAAAGCCUGAUCAUUUUCUUGAUGACCUUCGCUUUUUAUGUUCUCAUGUGUGUUCACGGACUUGUCUUUUGUAAUCCAUGCUUUUGACAGACUUUUGUAGGCUUGUGUAGUCUAGUAGUUGGUGUUGUCGAGUCUAGUUUGUAUUCUCCUUCAUGUUCUCCUUUUGUAUGCUUGUUUAUAAAGUUUGUAUUCUCAUUCAUGUUCUUUAUAAAACAACUUCUUUCUCUCAUUCUCUGCAUAUAGAACGAGCAACACCUUUGAUCAAAA